AUGUUCACAAAUAUUUUUUCUAUCCUUUCUCGUCUGCAGGGAGGGUCUUCAGGCAAAGGAACGGCUUUAAGGAAUGGUUCAGAUGCAGAUCUUGUUGUCUUCCUCAACUGUUUCCAGAGUUUUGAGGAGCUGAGAAACAAGAGGCAGGAAAUUCUUGAAGGAAUUCAACAAGUAUUGACAGAGUGUGCACCAAGCUUUGCCAAUAAGAUUAGUGACAUCAACAUAACUCUUGUAUCGAACAGCAACGUCCUACCAAAAUCAUUGAGCUUUGCUCUAAAACCGAAGAAGAAAUACUCAAAGAGUGUGGAAUUUGAUAUUUUGCCAGCCUUUGAUGCACUGGAAGGAUCACCAAAUGGAAAUACAGCCCAUCUCAGGCUAAUAAAAUUCGUAAGCGAAAAUGGUGAUCCAUGUGGGGAAUUUUCUGCAUGUUUUACUGAGCUUCAGAGGAAUUUUGUGAAGCAACGUAAUGCAAAACUUAAAGACUUGAUUCGCCUGCUAAAAUAUUGGUACAAAGAGAAACUGGCUUCAAUCGAAGUUGCUGGAAUGACUUUAGAGAAAGGGGAGAUCCUGUACACCUUCAGCUUAGUAUGCGGUGGAGCUGCUGACUACGCCUGGGAGCAAGGCAACGGGACCGAGAGAUUUGUCACUGCUGAAGGUUUUUGGACAAUCCUUGAGCUGAUCUGCAACUAUCAAAAUCUGCAUAUUUACUGGACUGACCGUUACAAUGUCAACAAUCAAGACAUUGUAAAUUUUCUACGUAAGAAACUCUGUGGCAACAGACCAAUAAUCCUUGACCCGGCCGAUCCAACUAAUAAUGUGGCUUCAUCUGAUGGAUGGUACGUGAUGGACAAGGAGGCCAAGAAAUGGCUCAGGUCUCGAUGUGUCUCUGGAGUCCAAGCAUGGAAGGUCCAGCCAAUGGCACAGUUUGAGAUCACUGUGAUUAGCCUGAAUGGCUCCUCAUUACCCCUGAUGGCCAACAUUGACAGCAACAUUUUAAUGAUCAAGAAUCAAAUCCAGCAAAACUGGAACAUUCCAGUUCACCAACAACGCCUGAUGUUCAAUAAAACUAUUCUGAAUGGUGGCAAAACCUUAUUGGAUUCUGGAAUAUUCUUUGAUGCAAAGCUCCACCUACUUGUGUCAAACUCAAUGGAGAUAUUUGUAAGGCAUCCAAAUGGAUGUAACCUAGAAAUUAAUGUGUCCCCGACUGACAAGGUUUUGAGCCUGAAAAAUAAGAUCCAAAAUCUGGAGCGCAUUUCUCCAAGCCAAUAUUACCUGACCUUUCAGUCACGAACACUAGAAGAUAGCCACACGCUGGAAUACUACGGCAUUGAUCAACAUUGUACCAUUGACAUCAACUUGCGUCUCCGUGGGGGCAAGUUCCGCGAACUUCAUCGCAUCUGUUCUGAUGAUACCACCUUUGACACAGGCGCCUACAAAAUAUCGACCUUCUUCCUCAACCAAGGAUUACCCAGUACCAUAAUUGACAGGGCCCUCAACCAGAACCUCUGGUGUGUGGAAGUUGGGAGCAUGGAUUUAGACAGAAUUGAACCGUCCCAGUUGGAUGAUUUCAUUAAAAAAAACUUGAAGCCGAUUAAAUUUUUCGAGGACGUGAAAAACGCAGUUCGUAGAAUAUCUUAUUUAUUAAGGAAUCAAUGUUUUAGAAAUCAACCUGAGAUCCAAGUUAUCAGAGCCGUUAAAGUAAGCAGUAUUUUAAAAAAUGGAGGGUCUUCAGGCAAAGGAACAGCUUUAAGGAAUGGUUCGGAUGCAGAUCUUGUUGUCUUCCUCAGCUGUUUCCAGAGUUUCCAGGAGCAAAGAAAUACAAGGCAGGAAAUUCUACAAGAAAUUCAGGACAUUCUGGAGCGGUGUGCAUCGAGCAUUGCCUAUGAAAUCAGUGAUGUCAGCAUAAGUUUCACAAAGAACAGCAACAUCCCUCCAAAGUCUUUGAGUUUUGAAGUAAAAUCAAAGAAAAAUUCGAGGAGUGUGAAUUUUGAUGUUUUGCCAGCCUUCGAUGUAUUAAAGGGGUCAUAUGAUGCAAAUGAAGCCCAUCUCAAGCUAAUGGAAUUUGUAAGUGAACAUGGCGAUCCGUGUGGGGAAUUUUCUGCCUGUUUUACUGAGCUUCAGAGGAAAUUUGUGAAACAACGUGAUGAGAAACUUAAAGACUUGAUUCGCCUGCUAAAAUAUUGGUACAACGAGUAUGUCAAGCCACGGAAAUCUGAGCUGGCUCCUGGUCAACGUCUGCCUGCUAAGUAUGCGGUGGAGCUGCUGACUAUCUAUGCCUGGGAGCAAGGCAACGGGACUGAGAGAUUUGUCACUGCUGAAGGUUUUCGGACAGUCCUUGAGCUGAUCUGCAACUAUCAAAAUCUGCGUAUUUACUGGACCAACUACUACAAUGUCGACAAUCAAGUCAUUGCAGACUUUCUAUGUAAGAAACUCUGUGGCCCCAGACCAAUAAUUCUUGACCCAGCCGAUCCAACUAAUAAUGUGGCUUCAUCUGCUGGAUGGCAUGUGAUGGUCAAGGAGGCCGUGAAAUGGCUGCAUUCUCAAUGUGCCUAUGGAAUCCAAGCAUCUGAGGGCCAGCCAAUGGCACAGUUUGAAAUCACUGUGAUUAGCCUGAAUGAUGACUCAUUAUCCCUGAUGGCCAACAUUGACACCAACAUCUUAGUGAUCAAGAAUCAAAUCCAGAAAAACUGGGGCUUUCCAGUUCACCAACAACGCCUGAUGUUCAAUGAAACUAUUCUGAAUGAUAGCACAACCUUAUUGGAUUCUGGAAUAUUUUUUGAUGCAAAGCUCCACCUACUUGUGACAAACUCAAUGGAGAUAUUUGUAAGGCAUCCAAAUGGACGUAACCUGGAAAUUAAUGUGUCCCCGACUGACAAGGUUUUGAGCCUGAAGAAUAAGAUCCAAACUCUGGAGCGCAUUUCUCCAAGCCAAUAUUACCUGACCUUUCAGUCACGAACACUAGAAGAUAGCCACAAGCUGGAACACUACGGCAUUGAUCAACAUUGUACCAUUGACAUCAACUUGCGUCUCCGUGGGGGCAAGACAUCGCCCCUGUUCCUUGCUGUCAUUCCUCCCACUGCUGUUACUGGAAAAAUGGAGACUGUUGAACACACGAGCACGUGGGUGAAGUACAAACAAGUGGCUAUUUUGUCUUGGAUAGUGCCAAGAUUCUUUCAGAGAAGUGCAGAGGACAUCAUAUUCAUGGCUUGUGCCUUUUUGAUAGGUUUGGAAAGACUGGAGAGGAUGGAUCUAUAUGAGACAAUUCCAAAACAUCUGGAUAUGUUUAUUUUUCGUGAGCUUCGCCCUGACCAACAGUUUCAGAAUCAGGUGGCCGUGGCGAUUGACAGGAUCUGCAGUUUUUUAAAAGAGCGAUGUUUCUAUGGUUACAGAUCCAUAAAAAUCAUUAAAACAGUGAAGGGCGGCUCCUCUGGAAAAGGGACAACUUUAAAAAAUCGCUCGGAUGCAGAUCUGGUUGUCUUCAUCAGCCAGUUCAAAAGUUUUCAUGACCAGAAGCAAAACCGGGGUGAUAUCCUGACAAUAAUUUGGAAGAUGCUGAAUGAGAUCUGGGAAGAAAUUGCAUUCGAUAUCAAUAUGACAGAGCCCCAAAUGAUUAUGUUACCAUCUGGCUUGACCUCAUCGCCUCGCUCCCUGAGUUUCAGUUUUCAAUCCACUGAGGUGUCUGAUUCUGUGGAGGUCGAUGUUCUCCCAGCAUUCGAUGCUUUGGGUCAGCAAACACAAACCCGUCCAAAUGCCGAGGUUUAUGUGAACCUGAUUAAGGCCAGAGGGUUAGGAGGAGAAUUCUCAACAUGCUUCACUGAACUUCAAAGGAACUUUGUAAAGUGCCGUCCAGUUAAACUGAAGGACCUGAUCCGCCUUGUGAAACACUGGUACAUAGAGUAUGUCCGACCAUACAAACGUCAACUACGUGGAGAGUUCCUGCCACCAAAGUAUGCCCUGGAGCUGCUGGUCAUCUAUGCGUGGGAAAGUAUGGGUGGGGGAGACAACUUCAGUACUGCUGAAGGAUUCUGCACAGUAAUGAAAUUGAUUGUUAGAUACAGAGAGCUGUGGCUGUUCUGGACCACGAACUAUGACUUCAACAAUUGCUAUGUGGCCAAUUUCCUGAAAGAUAAACUUCAAGAACAAAGGCCAAUGAUACUCGACCCUGCAGAUCCAACAGGAAAUGUUGCUGGAAAUGCUCGAUGGGAUUUGGUUGCAAAGGAAGCUAAAAAUUGCUUAAAGCAAGUCUGUGCAUGUGACGUGGAACCCUGGAAAGUUGAGCCUGUAAAAGAUAUUCCAAUUUCAGUCAAGCUGGAGAAUACUUCAUACUGCACAGAACCUUUCUCUAUGAAUCCUUUCUUACCCAUUCGGCAUAUAAAAGCAAAAGCCAAGGAUUUGACCAACACCCCGAUGUCCAGUUGUUACCUGGAGUGGAAUGACCAGAUACUGAAUGAAGAUCAGACUUUGUCUGAUUACGGAAUUUUUUAUAGUGUUACCAUCUUGCUGAAAGAACAAACCAGCUGGUGUAGCUUAAUGUAACAAACCAAAAGGUGACCCGCCAUGAGUCUUGGAGAGGUUUUUAAAAAUACCACAGACAGCAAACAACUUUAUCAGACCAGUGUAACAAACCUUACAAAAAUUGCAAUCUAAAUCCUUUUGCCUGAAUAUAGUUUCUGACAAAUUGAACUACCUGGAUGGAUUGGACAGAACGUUGUCGGAUGUGUUUUGGUGAGGUUUGGGGCAGUAUAAGACAGGAGGGGUAGCAGCCCACCCAAGUUGACCCCCAUUAUACCGGCAACUGGAUGGGUGCCAAAUCACAGCCCACCUGCCAUAUUGAGUUAUUAAAGAACAGGCAGUGGAGCUUAUUAAUACACUGCCAUUGGCAUGAUAUAAUUGAUGUAGGCAGAAUGGAAAUAUGUUGUUUGGAGAUCAGGUUGAAAAAGGGUGGAAAGGAAUGGAGGCCACAUCAUUGAGAAAAUGGCCCUCAAUUACAACAUCCCCUGACAAACACUCUCUCUCAUCCUAAGAUGCCACCCUCAUUUAUCACAACCUGCCCUUGACUCCGACCCCCUCUAAUCCUCUCCCUGGGGUCUCAGAUCUCACCUUGUUUUGUCUCCCCCCCUCAAUAAUGCUGGGACUGCUGUAGCAGCUGGCAAAUCAGAUUGGGUGACAUCUCUCAAGGGUAGGAUUUCCUCUGACACUGAGGGACAGACAUCCUACUGCGACGAUGCUGUCCUUCAACAAGGUUAUGUUGUUCUUGGUUUUUUUCAGAGAGGUCGUAAAAGACACAGAGUCUGAAAAGUCUAAGUUCAAGGGUUUUAGGGCCAGGUUGAUUAUAGCUAGCAAAUAUUGUAUCAGGCAACAGGCUUUCAAGUUUUGGGGAAAAAAAAUACUUAUACAAUGAAAGGCCAGUUCUCCCAGCUGAGCCUUACUCCAGUUUGGUUUGGGUUUUUUUAGCAGUAGUGUUGUGAAGCUGCUCGACUCAGGAGAAGCAGGUCUAUGCUGAGUCUCUGUCCCUGACUUCUCUCCUGUAAGACUCUGGGUUUGAUUUUACCUUUUGUGCCAAGGGGGGUUUAUGGGGACUAUUGCAAGUAUUUGGAACAGCAUCAUUAAGUGGGGAUGAUCUGUUGGAUUUUUGGGGAUGUUAAAUUAUCCUGUAUUCUGUUCUCUUUUGUUUGUGUUUCAUUCAGUAAUCAUGUAAAUAAAGUCUGUUUUGUUUAAAACUAAGUG